AUGGUGCAACCUCCUUUCGACCUUAUAACCGGGGAGCCUAAGUACCAGUUCCUCGGCCUCGAACUGCCCCACGAGCGAGUGUUCCGCGGCAGCUUCCACGUGCGCAACGGCGACAGAUGGUCCCCCCAGCUCUCGGACCCGAGCAACCCCUCCUACAUCACCACCGCGGAGGCAUACACUGGCCGGCUCGACAGCGUGUACAAGAACUCCGUCUUCAAGAAUGUAUUCAUCCGCGCGGAGGUUUUGGGCUUCGAUAGGGACGAGGACGACUCCCUGGUCGUGCACUUCAACCUGCACGUCAACUACCGCCGCCUGCACCUCGACGCGGCCGACCUGUACCUCGUCCUCAUGUCGGAGAUCCGGAGCGCCAACUCGGUCGCCCUCCACGGCAUCACCAUCGACGAGGAGACGGUCGAGAUCCAAGCAUCGUGCAUGCAGUCGUGCAAUGAGGAAGUGAAAGUGGUCAGCGGGAGGGUGAGGAAUGCAAAGCUUGCCAGUUGA